AUGGAACUGCAUCCAAAGUACCCGCACCCGGCGGGCAAAACGUGCGUGGCGUAUUCCAGGUGUGGAAAAUACCUCUUCACCACGGGCUCCAACAAUCUGAUUCGUCGGUUCCUGGCCGGCGUGAAUGACGAACCGGACACCAUUGAUUUCAGCUCGUGUCCGUUGAGUUUGGCCACUUCCGAAGACCAUUUUGCCGUGGCAGGCGACGACGGUGUGGCCUACCUCUAUGAUUUACAAGGCAAGUCGCCCAAAUCCAUUUUGGCUCGCUCAGCGCUGCCAAUUCGGUACCUAGAGUUCUCGCCCUCGGGAGAUGAGAUCGCAGUGGUUGGCGAUGACACGGUGAUCAUUGUCAAUAUUGACAGUAGCUCGCCCAAGAGGUUGCCUUUCCAGGGCCAUGCGUUAACGGUCAAGUUCCAUCCUAAAGAACCCUUGGUUACUUGUUCUUUACAGGACGGAUCGAUCGUCAUUCUAGACAUUGCUGAGGAACCCAAGGUGGUUUCGACUUUAGAAGGUGUUACUCCUUCAAUUCCUGACCAAAGUGAUAAUCGUUGCAGCUUUGCUGUGUUUUCGCCCCAAGGCACCUCUGUCGCAGUCCCUACAAAGGUCUUUGAUGUCGCGCUGUAUGAUUCACAGGCCUGGGUUCAAGAUUAUAGGCUGACGGGUGCUCACACGAAUUUUUUGACAGAUGUUCAAUGGUCUCCUAAUGGUCGUUAUUUGGCCACCACUGCUCGCGAUGGCCAAGUUAUUAUUUGGGACGCGGUCAGUCGGGAAGCUGUGCGCAAAGAGACGGUUUCUGAGGUGAUCCAAAUAAGAUGGCAUCCCAAUGAAAAUGAGAUCUCGUUCACAACUGAAAGCGGCAGACUGUACAGCUGUCCGGCGGUCCCUGAUGGUCUCCCGACCCCGCUUGGUCCUCCGAUUCAUAGCGCCAAGAAACAGCGGGCUUUGGAGAGAGAAAUGGAGGACCUGCAAGCCGAGCCUCAAAGUGAUGGCCUUGAAGAAGACGAUGAGGAGAAUGGUGAUGCUAAUGGGUACGAUGAUUUAUUCGUUGAGCAGCCUCGCAAACGUUCUAAAGUCGCUCAAACUGUCCAAAAAUUCAACCCCGGAACCCCCUGGUUAAACAACAAAAGAUACCUCUGCAUGAACGACACGGGCUACGUGUGGACCGUUCAUCAAGACUCUGAUCACAAUACCAUCACCAUCAGUUUCCAUGACGAAAGUGUGCAGCGAGAUGUGCACUUUAGUGAUCCGGACCGGUUCGAUAUGGCCAGUUUGACGAAGACCGGCUGCCUGUUUGCCAACAGCGAAACCGGGUUUGUGGCAAUGCGAUUCCAUGCAUUUUCAAACGAUAAUUGGGAAUUCCAAAUUGAUGAGGGCGAUAAAAUUGCCGCCAUUACUCUGACCGACGUCGUGGCUGUAGUUGCUACCCAGCGAGGCAUUGUUACAACUUUUUCGGUUUAUGGCAUGGUUCUGGACGUCACGCGUCAAAGAAACGUUUUUGCACUCGCCGGCCAUGGCCGCACCGUCCUAGUGUUGCGGCAUUUUGACCAAGACAGGUUGGUGUACAGUGUGGAGCAUUUUGGUGACGAGACGCACGGACCAGACUAUCUUAUCAGCGAUGCUCAUCUCGAUGUUGCACCUUCUGAGCUGCGCACUAUUUUCUUUGGUGAGUUUGGGGACCCCUGUGUCUACGAUCAUGCCGGCUGCCUAAUGACAUUGACGAACUGGAGGUCUUCUCAGACCCAGGCUCGUUGGACGCCGAUCUUCGACGGGCCUUCUUAUUCCUCAAAGAACGGGCGUCAGGAAAGCUAUUGGCCGUUGGGCAUUGUCGACAGCGAGCUACUGUGCAUCCCGCUCAAGGGCCAGCAGCGGUUCCCUCCUGUUCCAUUACCUGUCACGGCGUCCCUGCCGCUUAUGAUUCCCGGCAUUAGCGAAAUUGAGAGCGAAUAUCUGUGCCAACGAGUCAUGGCUACCCAAAAUACCGCUCAAGACGAGGAGGAGCUGGCUUCCGUGGAGACUGCUCUGGACAAGCUGCUUCUGAGACAGUUCCAACUCGCUGCGUCGGAAAACCGCAUCAACAAGUGCCUGUGCAUUGUCCGGCGACUGAACCAGCCCCGUAGCGGCGAAGCAGCCGUCCAAAUCGCAUUGCACAUGGACCUGACGAAUCUUGCAGAAAAGAUCCAGGGCGUGCUGGAGCAGUAA